AUGGCGACUACGCGAGCAGUAGCAGCUAUAGACUGGUCAAAACUCACUGUAUCUCUAGGCUUAACACGAGAAACAGUCGGUGCCUUAAUUGCGUUUCGUAAACGUAACGAAGAGGCGAAACGCAUCGUCAGCUCGUUACGAGAACAACCGACCCAAAUAGAUUUCGAGGAGUACCGAAGCAAAUUGAAAAAUAAGUCGGUGGUUAAUGAGGCCGAGAAGGCAUUUAAUGGUUUCAAACCGACAAAGGUUGAUUUGAAUAGUCAGUUGAGGAUUAUUGAAAAGUUUGAAGCGAAGGCUGUGGAAAGAGCUGAAAAAACAGUAUCGAAAUUCGAUUCGGAACUUCGCGAACUACAGCACACUUUGGCGAAUAUAGAAUCGGCUAGACCACUCGAGGAACUUACAAUCGACGAAGUUGCAAAAAUUAAUCCAGAAAUUGAUCGAAUUGUCGAUAAAAUGGUUAAAAGAGGAUAUUGGGACGUGCCAGGAUAUGAAGAGAAAUUUGGUUCAUAA